CCGGUUAAAUCUUGGCGUUAUCAUUCCAUCAGAGGCACUUGAUCACUCCACCGGCGCUCCCAUCUACCUGUGCCUCCCUCCCCUGCGAACGUGGACAUAAGACAGUUAUUUUUUUAACACAUUAAAAGAAAGGAAUCAAAAUGGCCAGCAGCUUUUCUAGGAUUCUGUCCUCCAAACGGAAUAUCGGGAUCCUGUCGCUGGUGGGAGGCUCGGUAACGGCAGGAUUUCUGCUGCACCGGGAUCAUGUCAGCGCCGAACAUGUCCGCAGGAGGUACCCCGCCAGUGCAGAGUUCCCUGACCUGCGCAAGCACAACAACUGCAUGGCCAGUAACCUGACACCUGCCAUUUAUGCCAAGCUGUGUGAUAAAGCCACUCCCAAUGGUUACACACUGGACAUGGCCAUCCAGACGGGCGUGGACAACCCUGGGCACCCCUUCAUCAAGACUGUUGGCAUGGUGGCAGGAGACGAGGAGUCUUAUGAGGUAUUUGCAGACCUGUUGGACCCCGUCAUCAAAGAGAGGCAUAAUGGCUACGACCCCAAAACCAUGAAGCACCCCACCGACCUGGACUCCAGCAAGAUCCAGUCGGGCCAAUUUGACGAGCGCUACGUGCUGUCCUCCAGGGUGAGGACGGGCCGCAGUAUCCGAGGGCUGAGCCUUCCCCCCGCCUGCACCCGGGCAGAGCGCAGGGAAGUGGAGAGGGUGGUGGUGGAUGCCCUCAGUGGCCUGAAGGACGACCUGGUGGGGAAAUACUACAGUCUCACCCAGAUGACAGAAAAGGAGCAGCAACAGCUCAUUGAUGACCACUUCCUGUUCGACAAGCCUGUGUCACCCCUCCUGACGUGUGCAGGUAUGGCUCGUGACUGGCCAGAUGCCCGCGGUAUUUGGCACAACAACGAGAAGACAUUCCUGAUCUGGAUCAAUGAGGAGGAUCACACCAGGGUCAUCUCCAUGGAGAAGGGAGGCAACAUGAAGAGAGUGUUUGACAGGUUCUGCAGAGGCCUCAAGGAGGUGGAGCGUCUGAUCCAGGAGAGAGGCUGGGAGUUCAUGUGGAACGAGAGGCUCGGUUACAUCCUCACCUGCCCCUCCAACCUGGGCACAGGGCUCAGGGCCGGGGUCCACGUCAAACUGCCCCUGCUGAGCAAGGAUCCCCGCUUCAGUAAGAUCCUGGACAACCUGCGUCUGCAGAAGCGAGGGACAGGUGGUGUAGACACUGCUGCCGUGGGUGGUGUGUUCGACAUCUCCAACCUGGACCGCCUGGGACAGUCUGAGGUCCAGUUGGUGCAGACAGUGAUUGAUGGCGUCAACUACCUGAUCGAGUGUGAGAAGAGACUGGAGAGAGGCCAGGACAUCAAGGUGCCCGCACCCAUCAAGCAGUUCAAGUAGACACUGAUCCCUGACCUGCGCACACAACCCUCUGGGCACACACAUAUGCACAAACACCCUGCUCUGUACCCAUAGAUAUGAUAAAUAUCUAUGUCAUUGCCUCAUUUAUUACCACUACUUAUCUAAUCACCUCUCCCUGCCCCACAAUAUAUCUCUAUAAUAUAACCUACAUAUAUCACAUGCAGCUAUCUGGCUAAAAUAACCAGAGUCCCAGAAUACUGUAUUGGGCUUAAGUGUGUUUCAGAUGCAUCUGAAGUUUAAACUCAAAUUCAAACCUGGCUAUAAAAUGGCGGCAAAGAUUAAUGAAGGAUGCACAAACGGAGCAAAGAUGGCCGCCAGUUUGCCCGUCUCUGCAUGGCCAAACAGUAUCUAUGGCUCUUCUCUCAAACCACUCCUAAGCCCACCAAACCUGGCUUUACCCUGCCUCAGCCCCUUCCCGCCGCAUGUCCUUUACUCAUACAGCCUUUCUCUUCCCCUCACUCCUGUGUGUUGAUCGGUCAUGACUAUUAUCUGGUGCUUGUAUAGUCCAUCCAUUUGUGCUAUUUUCUUCCAUCGUGGAUUGUGUGUACAUAGUUUCUUUUAACCAUUUCAAGUGGAUUUUGAAUGUAGAUUAACAGAAGAGACUCGUGGAUUUGUACGUUUGAGGUUGUAAUGUUAUGGCACACCCUGGCCGGGCUGGGUUCUGUACUGUAAGCUACUGAAGCAAUAUCAUUCCAGCUCAUUACUGAAUGUCACUGUAAUGUCUUUUAUUAAAGAAGUCAUCUAUUUAACAGUA